AUGUCUUCGGCCACGGGGUCCAAAGUGAUCUCGGUCAAACCGCUUGAAAACAAAGAUGCGCGGUGGAUAAACCUCGUCCAGAUCGAAUACGAAGGCCCCGACGGCAAGCUGCGCACGUGGGAGGCGAUGCAGCGCACGACACGGCCCAAGGACAGCCCCGUCGACGCCGUGACCAUCGUGGCGAUCCGGAUCGAGUCCGCCGCCGUCGGCCCUGAGGUCCUGCUGGAGAAGCAGUUCCGCCCGCCCGCUGGCGCCGUCGUGGUCGAGUUCCCCGCCGGCCUGAUGGACGCCGGCGAGACCACCGACGAGUGCGCCGCGCGCGAGCUCCGCGAGGAGACGGGCUAUGUCGGCGAAAUUGUGCCUGAUGUGGCGGGCGCGAGGCCCGUCUUCUUUGGCUCGCCUGCAUCCUCGUCCUCCCGCACCGUCGUGAUCAACGUCAGGGUAGAUCUCGGAAGGGCCGAAAACCGGAACCCUACCCCACAGCUUGAGGCCGACGAGUUCAUCGUACCGUUCUGGGUGCCGGUCAAGAGCCUGCAUGCCGAGUGCAGGAGGUUACACGAUGAGGGCUUUGCCAUUGACAGCAAGGUUGGCAUUUUUGCCGAGGGCAUCGAGGUCGCCAAGUUGUGCCAGCCUGCGCUCUGA